AUGGACUACUUACUUGGCCGACUGCCCGUUUUACUUUUCUGCUUAAUAUGCCCCGACAUUUCUCUUGGCUGCCGGCAAUCAUUGGCUGAAAUUAUUCCCCCUCUGCUGCCUUACAGACUUCAGGCCCGAUUGCGUUUUGUGCCCUGGAAUCAUGAGGGCUGGAAGGUUGGACACUGCCAGGUGCCAGCCGUGGGUCAGAAGGUCAGCCUCUUGGCGCUUUCAAACAGUACUGGCAUUCGGGAAGUCCUGGCCAAUGUGUUAGGUCGUUUCAAUAAAUUAAUGAGCAAAAAGGCCCACCUCCACCAUUACCUGCGUGUUGAGGGCUUUGAGGAAUCCCAAUUUGAGAAGAGUGCGUGCAAUCUCUCUGAUCUUAUUGACGAGUAUGCCUUCUUUGAGAGCCGUACUUCUGAGGCGCCCUUUCCAGAACUGCCACGGCUUCGGAUUGCCGAUUGA